AUGGCGGCCUCGCCCGCUCUUGAGGCGUCACAAGACAUCUCGAGGCUCUCCCUCGAGGAAAUCCGCGCUCAUGAGCAGCCGAGACCCGCACCACCUGUACCGGCGUCCGCGUCGAACCCUGGCAUAGUCGCAUUCGACAUCACGUCUCGGUUCCGGAAAGCAGCGUCAACACUUGCACCCGGCGAGCUCGUCAAAGAUGGCUUCUUCACUCUGUUCGAGUCUGUCGGUGCUCUCGAGAUGGCCUGGCAUGUCGGCUACCCCCUCUCCCAGACGGUUUUCACCUGUGCCUAUGUCGAAUCGAUCCUGAUGCCUGCGCCCUCGACGCUCGACGAAGCUCACUUUAUCAGAGAUCCUGCCGUCGCAACGCCCUCGCCCAUGCACGCUGUACUGCGAGCGUACUGCCUCGGUCUGCUCAAGACGUGCGGACAGGUCAACGAGAGCAUCAUCAACGAGCACUACUACGAGGCUCACUUUGUCACAAAUACAUACCACAGAAACCUCCUGGACAAAUUUUCCAUCGAGAGCGUUCGCCACAUCAUUCUAGAAACGAGCAGCCUCCUCCAAGGUCUCGAGACUCGGGUGCCCACCGACAUCAUCCGGGCCCUCAAUGACCGGCUCCUGUUACGACACAGUUUCCUGGCGGCCACCGACGCCAUUCAGUACCGCACAGCUCCCGAUCUCAUACGAGCACCCUGGAAGGAGUCCCUCGUCAUGGUGCAGGGACUGCAGAGCAGCCACGCGCUGGCAAAGCAUGUGCCCGACGCAUUCAGCGCAAAGCUGCAGCGGAAGCUCGCUAGUACCAUGCCACCGCGGCCGAUCGUGCAGCUGAGCUUCGAUGACGCCUUUGGACACAUCAAGCGACUCUUUGAGGAUGGCGUCGAGGUUAUUGACGUGCUCGAGUACCACGACUCGCAAUGUCUGCAGACCUUUGUCCUCACAUUCCAGGCCAAAAAGCCCCAGGCUCUCAUCUACAUCCGGACGCUGCUGCAGAACUUUCUGUUCAAGGAUAUGGAGGUCCUCGGGCACAUGAGCAUACGCAUGCUGCUGGACAACGACCUCGCCAUCGUGGCGCUGCCGUGCAGCACGCUGCUGGACCGGGCCAACGACGACGUCGAGGCGCCGCAGGACCCGCGCUUCAUCGUGGCCGAGACGAUGGAGGCGUUCCGCCAAAAGGCGGCGCAGCCGUACCUCGACAUCCUGCGGACUUUUUGCCAGAACCGGUGCCGUGUGCGGCGCACGCUGUGCCACGUGAUCCGUGACUGGGAGAACCUCCAGUUCGAGGCCGAGGACGUGGACCAGAUCCUGCAGCACCAGACGGACGCGCAGCCCAUCGUGUACCGCGCCGCCGACGGCGGGGCGUCCGUCGAGACGUUCGCCCUGUCGCUCUCGUCGUGGGCGCACCUCUACAAGCUCCGGCAGAUGGAGUGGAUCGUCCAGCUCGGCUUCGAGCUCGAGGUCUACCAGACCGACGAGCUCGCCGGCAUGUACUGGUAUCUGCAGCACCUGGCGCGCCAGCGCCUGCAGCACGUCGAGCGCAUCAAGACGUUCACCGUGCGGAGCCUGACGCAGCAGCGCGCGGGCGGCCCACGCGGUCUGACGCCGGCGGCGGAAGCGCAGUUUGCCACGUCGCUCAACUUUAUCCGACUCGCGCUCCUCGACGCCGCCAUCACGGCCGAAAUGGCCGACGCCAUGUCGUGCCUGCACACGGCGCUGCACCGCCUCGGCCUCCUCCGCCCGCAGCCGCGGCCCUACAGCACGGACGAGCUGCGGUACGAGACACGCAUGAAGCCCUUUGCCGUCAUCAGCCACCCGGCGCUGCCGACGUUCGCCGAGUUCACAGCCGGCACGCGCCAGCCCGCGACGUCGACGGCGGACCUGCUGCGGCUGGCGGAGCGCGGGCUCGCCGGGUCCAAGAAGGCGCUCGAGGCCGUGGGCCGGCUGUCCGAGGCCGAGGCCUUCUCCGUGGGGUCGCACGCGCGCUGGCUGCCCGGCGUCAAGGGCGCGCUCAAGUCGUGCAUCGCAACGGGGCUCGCCGUGUCGGUCCUGCAAAAGGCACUCGACCGGGCCGGCGAGGGCGGCGACCUCAAGCUCAGGGCCGAGGUGCCCACCCCUGACAAGGCCUACCACGAAUGGUGGCUCGUGCCGAGGAUCCUGCCGGUGCGGUAG